AAUCAGUCUGGUAAGCGACGGAAGCAUAACUUUACAUCACGACGUGUGACGCGUGACCUGUAGUUGUAGCGUGUUAUCUACCUAACCGGCCUUGAAUCCGCAACCAACCAAAUUCACAGAGCCCUGUAUCUCAAAGCCGCGGCAAAUCAACAUGGCCACACAGAAAAAUACUCCUAUCGGUAUUGCCAUAUUUGGACUUGGACGCAUAGGGAAAGUUCAUUUGCAUAAUCUGGCGAGCGCAUUCCGAGUGAACAUCAAAUGGAUUGUUGACGAUAUCUCCGUCCAUGACGACAUACGAACAUUGCUACAGAAAUACAGACUGGAACACGUGACCCGAGUGGCGUCACUGGAAGAAGCGGACACCGUUCACUCGGACACAAGUGUUACGGCCGUGUUUGUGUGCAGCCCAACAUGUCAUCACGAACUGACUAUAAAGAAAGCAUUAACCGCAGGAAAGCAUGUGUUUUGUGAGAAGCCCGUAGCUGGAUCUGCAGACGUAAUAAAAUCCUGCUACGCUAUGGCGAAAAAGACCAAUCGCACUUUGUUCUGUGGAUUCAACAAGCGCUUCGACCCUGACUUUGACGUGAUUUAUAGAAAGAAACAAAAUGGCGAUCUAGGCAAAGUUCGACAACUCAUCAUGAUUUCUCGAGAUCCGCCGAUACCGAUGAGUUACAUCAGGGGAUCGGGCGGAAUAUUCCACGACUACUGCAUCCACCAGCUAGACUACGUCUGCUACUUUCUAGGUGAGCGCCCCCUUACGGUCGUCGCCUACGGAAACACAAAUUCACUUAAGGCCGAUGACUAUCGAGACUGUAAUGACGUAGAUCUCUCGACAAUAAUUCUUACCUUCCGGAGUGGAGCCAUCGCGAUUAUCGAGACUUCUCGUGAAAUCACCUAUGGAUUUGAUCAGCGUCUUGAGGUGCUUGGGUCGAAAGCACUGGCCAUGUGCGAGAACAUCCCUCUGUCUGCCGGCAAGAUGAUGGUGGCUUCAGAAACAAUACAAAAUGUCUGCCCUGAUAACUUCGUCAGAUUCGCCAGGUCGUAUGUGGUCGAAGUAAACAAUUUUCUCGAUGUAGUUGAAGGUAAAACUGAAUGUCUUGUGAAGCCACACGAAUGCAUCAUGGUGUCCGAGUUGGCACAUCUUUGUGAAGAAUCACUCAGAACGGGUCAGGUCGUGAAAGUGCCACCACAGGAAUGAAAAUACAGACCAUGUAGCAGCAAUACACUCCAGUUGUCCACAGCAGAAAAUAAACUGUUUGUUUCCUGUUUUCCUCCAGUAUAUUUACAUAAUGAAUAAUGGCAGUAAAAUUCAUGAACUGAUUUAUUACAGCCUGUCUUAUGUAGGAACAGUAUACUCCAGUUGUCCAUUAAAAGAAAUAAAGUCUGUUUCUUUCCUAUUUUUCUUCUAUGUAUUUACAUGUUUGAUAGUCGCAGUAUACUCUAUAAAUAUAUAAAUUACAGCCUGUGUAGGAACAAUAUAUUCCAGUUGCCCAUUGCAUGAAAUAAUCUGCUUCUUUCCUGUUUCUUUACAGUGUAUUUAGACGUACGAAAGUCGCAGCAUAGACCAUGACUAAAUUAAUUACUGAAAUGUUUUUUGUGAAUGAUGUUCUUUGGAGUGGCAAAACGCCUACAAACGAACGAAUGAUGUAUUGUCCUGGGAAGUGCUUAGGCGUCGGAAUGGGGGAGUGGUGGCCCGGAUGGGGCCAAAAGGCACUGGCACUCCAACUCUGAAGUUUAGGCAUCAUCGGCUGGUCAAGGAAACACCAAAUGGAUUUAUUUUUGUUGCUCGUUUUGUUUUGAUUUUUGUGAUUUGUUAUGUUUCUUUCAUUUGUUGGUGGGGGGUUUGGGGGUGUUUUUUGUUUGUUUUUUUGUGUUUUUUGGUGGUUGUUGGGUUGGGGAAUUUGUUUGGGUUUUUUUUGGUUAUGUUAUGGGGGGUCGGGUUUUUUGGCUGCAUUAACCUCUACGGGUCCAAUUAAAAUGUUAUUUGUGACAUAUUUUAUUCACUUAUUAUAAAAUCGAAAUAGAUAGGGUCGUAUUCCACUAAACGCUCUUUAGCGAUUGUUACCUUUUUCUACUGUUCAGUUAGCAAUGAUGAUCCAAUGACGUCUUGCAGCGAUUUGUUAUGUGCAUUUUGUUAUUAAUGGAAAUAAAAAUGUAUAAUUAA